GGCCCGGCGCGGCCUCCUCAGAGCCUCGAGUGCGGCGGGAGCGUGUCUCGGCCAGGGUUUGCCGUCGCCUCCGAACUGGCGGUUAGCGUGAGGGACAGCAGAGCGGUCCCGCGAAGGGAACCUGGGGAAGCAGGAUUCCUGAGUGGACUGGAUGACUGCUAAGGAAAGGGCUUCACAAAGAUGGAUCCUACCAGUUUUGUGGCAGUGGAGAACAUCACAGUUUCGCAGCUGGAUUCCGUCGGCGAGCUGGGGCGCCUGGCGGUGGAGCUGCUGCGGCGGGGCGCGGCGGCGCGGGCCUGCGAGGCGGCCGCCAGAAAACUUAACGUUGGUGUUGACACCAUUCAGCGUGGGGUGGAAGGACUAACCUACCUUCUUACGGAAAGCUCCAAGCUUAUGAUUUCUGAGAUAGACUUCCAAGAUUCCAUUCAUGUUCUGGGAUUCUCAGAUGAAUUGAACAAAUUACUGCUCCAGCUAUACCUCGAUAACAGGAAGGAGAUAAGAAGCAUUCUCAGCGAGCUGGCACCAAAGCUUCCCAGCUACCACAAUCUUGAAUGGAGACUGGAUGUGCAGCUUGCAAGCAGAAGCCUGAGACAACAGAUUAAGCCUGCCGUGACUAUGAAGCUACAUCUUAAUCAGAACGAAGAUCAAAUUGCCCAAGUGUUGCAAACCGACCCUUCUACCCUCCUCCACCUAAUUCAGCAACUGGAACAAGCGUUGGGGGAAAUGAAAACAAACCAUUGCAGGAGGAUAGUGCGCAACAUGAAAUAGUAUUGAUUCGUGGCUGUUGUCUUACUAAGCAGUUUGUGAAACAACUAAAAACAAUGUUCACAAAUACACUUUGAGGAAGAAUAAACAUCUGGAUCAGAUGAAA